AUGGACGGCGCGCGACGCGGCAGGGCGCGCGAGGAGCUCGUGAGCGGCUACGCGAUGGACUUCAGCUCCAGCUUCCACCGGCCGAAGCGCGCGCGCGCGGAGGACCCUCCCAGCGACGGCGAGCGCAAGGAGAACGACGUGUUCCCGGACUCUACCCCGGGUAGAACAGACAACGCUCUCGGCGACUUAAUGCGGAUGACGUCAACGGCAACUGCAGCCACUUCGGCGAUUGCGGCAUCAAGUCCGUGGCGACUACCGAGGAAUCAGACGCUGGAAGAUACGCAGCGAUACCUGAACGAGCAGCUGCAGCACGUGGUGGCGCUCUCCGGCAGCGCCGCCGACAGCGGCAACGCCAACGGCACGCGCCGGUUCCUGGCCCAGCAGCAGCGCGUGCAGGACGACGUGGACCGCGUCUGCUCGCUGGAGCUGGGCAAGCUCUGCGCGCUGCUGCAGGCGGACAGCAACCAGCAGUCGGAACAGCAGCAGGAGGCGGAGACGGGCGUGCGCGAGCUGCUGGACCUCGUGAGCUACCUGCUCUACGUGCGCGACCGGGAGCUGGAGCACCAGAACCGGCUGAGCGAGAGCUUGGGCAGGACGGAGAAGCUGCUGGAGAGGAGGAACCAGAUCGUGCAGACGCUGACGGCGGACCUCGAGACGCUCAAGCAGAACAGCGCGCAGAAGGAGAACGUGUUCAAGGCCAAGGAGCAGGCGCUGCUGGGCGAGAGGAAGACGCUGCAGACGGAGAAGAAGGCGCUCGAGGUCAACUGCGCGAGACUGCAAGGUGUGGAGACGGCGUACAAGGCGCAGCUGAGGAGGAAAGAUGUCGACUACGCGCGUCUGAAGAAGAGUCUGCAGGAUGCGGUUGCACGCGCUGCGAAGGAGAAAAGAGCUUGUGUUGCCCAGGGUAUGGCGAUAGCGAAGACGUUGAAUGGGCCUCGAGAGCGGAAGCAGGUGGCAACAACCAACCAGUCAAAGGAGAGCAAGCUGACGAAGCAGAUUAUGGACAACCUCGAGCGGAAGAAGGCCGAGUUGCUCUUUGACAACGAAGCGCUGGCGAAGAGUUACGAUGUGCUGCAGCAUCACUUGGAAUCGCUGACGUCGCAGUACAAGAAAGCGGUGCAGCUCUUUCUCGCUCAGAAAAAUCUGGAAGGCGAUGCCGAGGAGCUGGAGAAGUUGGCCAGUGCCCCGAUCGAUGAUUUCACGCCAACGCCGUUCAAUAUGGCAACAAAAGAAGGAAUCCCACAGUAUAUCUCAGAGUCCAUGGCAGCUCUGGACGAAAAGCUGAAGCAGCUCGAGCAUGUUAUCCGCAACGAACUGCCAUCGGCUGAGGCCCGCAGCGACAAAGAGGUGAUCAAGCGACUGCGGCAGAAGCUGGAUGACGCACACGCCAUUAUCAACGAGCAAGAUCAGCUACUUCAAGCUUCGCUGUCGUCGUCCGCAUUCGAUGUACGAGCUGGUGGUGGAAACCAAAAGAUUGAAAUGAAUCGCGAUAGACCGAAGGCGCGUGUUGCUCGCGCAGCUGGAACCAGGAGUUCCCCCGAUGCAGACGCCGAGGAGGACGUGGAGCAACAGAAGAGUGCGCUGACUGUGCUGCGAGAAAAUCUUGAAAAGGAGCGGAGGUUGUUGCAGGAGCAAGCAGUAAAGCUGGAUAAUGACCGCUUGGAGUUCGAGCGGUUGGAUCUAGGUGGACCGGACUCGCCCUUUGACAUCCCAGUCUCUGCCACUCCUGGAACGGCGGCUCUGCUCAAGAAGAUCGGGAUCAACGUGCCGACUGAAAAGUGA